AUGAAGGAACUCAUUCGUGCAACCCGUGUGCAAGCAGACAAUGCCAGUGAGAAGACCGGCGAAGACGGGAAAAAUGCAGAAGGUGACGAGAUGUCCCGGAAACGCAACUGGGAGUUGUACAAGGCCCCAAAAUCCUUGUCCAGCGCAUUCUCGCUACGCAACUACAAAGAUGAAUUGAUGUGA